UAAAAGCCCUAUAAGUAGCAGAAAUCCGUUGUUUACUUCCGACACAUUUCUGGUGUUAAAGAUGCCUGAGCCAGCCAAGUCUGCUCCCGCCCCGAAGAAGGGCUCCAAGAAGGCGGUGACCAAGGCGCAGAAAAAAGAUGGGAAAAAGCGCAAGCGCAGCCGCAAGGAGAGCUACUCUGUUUAUGUGUACAAGGUGCUGAAGCAGGUCCACCCCGACACCGGCAUCUCUUCCAAGGCGAUGGGGAUCAUGAAUUCUUUCGUUAACGACAUAUUUGAGCGUAUCGCGGGGGAGGCUUCCCGCCUGGCGCAUUACAACAAGCGCUCGACCAUCACCUCCAGGGAGAUACAGACUGCCGUGCGCCUGCUCCUUCCCGGAGAGCUGGCCAAGCACGCCGUGUCGGAGGGCACCAAGGCCGUCACCAAAUACACCAGCUCCAAGUAAACUUUUCAACUUCUGCCGGUGCUGUUUCAGCCGUCAUGGAGAAACCUCUAACCAAGAAGAGAGGGAAGAAGCCGGCUGGCUUGACAAGUGCAAGUCGCAAAACACCGAACCUCUCUGUGUCCAAGUUGAUCACCGAGGCCCUUUCAG